CCUGCGUCAUGCUGAUUGAGUCGGUUUUUCUGUGCCAUCUUGAUCCUUGCAGUUUGUUCGGUUUGCCGAUAUCAGUGCCCCAGACGGCCACGUGAGUAUCGGUUCUCGCGAAUUGCAAGCGCGAUCGGUUUUGGUGGUAAGGAUUUAUGAUGAAUGUUUUGAACUACACCCAAAUUCGGGGGUCUACGGAACCGAAUCCUCUAAAGUCUUCUCCAUAUCAUUUCUACCAAAAGUUCAUACAUGAUACCUACAGGUCGAAGUCUGCUUACUCCUGCAGGACUAAGAUUUGACAAUCGCAGCUCCCGUUAGCUGCAUGUGUAGUAGACAUCUAGGACCAACCUUUUCCUAUUGCGCUAAAUUUUUUCCACCGGUACCUAGAGAUUUUUCUAUCGCAUAAACAGACUCGGUAGUACGGCGAUAACUCUAACUGUUUGAUUUCCGCACAAAUUUUUCAGUACCAAACCGCAUUGAAAAUCAUGAUCAUCAAAGAAGUGGAGAAGAAGCUCCGCAACCUGGCGGCCUCCGCUGCGGAGCAGCUCCUGGUCGGCAGCCAAGAUGUUGUGGCCCAAGAGCACCAGCAGCAGACGCUCGCCGUUAUUGGAAGCGGCGGGAAUACAGCGUUGAUGGCAUCUUCUUCCCCCACUUCGGACCAAGGAAUUUCAACAAACUUGUUUUCCAGCGGCCAGUUCCUGCACGAGCAUAGUUCUUCCGGCCAACAACAACAUGCAGGCUCCUUUAUCGAGUUCCAGGCGGGUGGGGGUGGUACUUUUACCUCGGCAGGAGCUGUGGGGCCGGUGCUUCCGGAUCCCAUGAACACCCUCAAUGUGGGCGACGUGGCGCAGCCGAUGGUCUACCACUGGAAUUCCGGCUACAACGUGUGGCGCAAUACCUGGUGGCAGUGGCUCUUCAUGGUGGUGCACAUCGUUUUUCUGCUCGUCGUCUUCAGUAUUUGGAUGUGCCUGAUUAACCGGUUCGGCGGCUGCGGGUGCGGGAAAAUCACGAAAAAACGGCACGAAGACAUGGACGUUUGGGAGCAGGAGGAGGAGGACAACCGGAGGGAUUUCCGGGUUUCGCAGAUGGAAGACAAACCGGAGAUGUUCGUGGACCAGUUCGGCGAGUCGCACUUUGUCCGGAAUUCGAAUUACAUCCACGACGAAGGACACCCGUACUCGAAUGAGUUUUUACAAUCGGAGGACAUGACGGGGACCUCCGCCUACCAGCGGCAAAUGACCGGUGUGCACUCGAGGCGACCUCCUGUGGUCAACAUGCCGGUCAGGAAAGUGAAGGCGGAAGAAGCCGGGGAAAUCGAAAUUGAGGCGAUCACGCCGCUGGCGUUUGGCGGGGGCAGCGGCGGGGGGGAUGCUGACCACGGUGCCGCGGGUCCUAACAGCACGCCGGGAAGUUCCUCUCUGAAGCAGCGCAGAAACGGCAAGCAGUCCUCUUCUGUUGGGAUAUCAAAUGCAAAAGUGUCUGGGUCCGGAAUGUUGCAACUUGUGAUGCUGUUUUUGGAUUCCAAAAAAAAUCUGUAUUGCAUGACCAGCAAGGUCCAGUUUGUGCUACGCGGGGACGGUAUCUCUCAUGCGGAAUAGGCAUCAGGAAGCCCUCUAAAAAUCUGUGAUGCUACGGCAUGCAUUACAGACAUCAUGGGUCACGCAAAAUAUGCAUGACAAAAGUGGCGACCUUCCAGACCCAGACAUAUUUGCAUUUGAUAUGGAAGCCAGGACAAUGACGCGGAGUCGCAGCGGUUGCUGGGGGAUGAGUAUGAGUAAGACCGUACUUACUCCUCUUUU